AUGGUCCACUGUUCGAAGCUUUUGCCUCCUCUCUAUGAACUUCCCAUGUGCUUCCCCAGAUACUAUGGUGGAGUUCUCUUGGUUGGAGCUGGCAGUUUUGCUUUGAACAUGUACAUGGCUGGUCGUGUCAUGAAAGCUCGCAAGAAGUGGGACAUACAGUCUCGAAACCAUGCCAUUUUUCCUGAUGAGUUUGUUUGUUGGUGGACUUCGGUGCCCCAUCCGAAAAACCGUUGUAGGGGUCUAUUCGGUUUCAUCGCACUGGGCCUUCUCAUGUUGCAUAUGUCAGUCACCGGCGUCCAGCAUCUAGUUGCGAGCAUCCGGUAA